AUGGACAUGGUAAACCAGUCUCUUCAAAUUGUUCCCUCUUCUCACGCAGAUCAUGACUCUAAAAGCCUUACAGAGACGGCCAAUUCCUUUGGUGUUCACGAUACUUUACGUUAUGGAAUAAGAACAAUCGAGUCUGAAAUUUUAGAAAAGCAUUCGCUAGAGAAUAGACUUAAACAUUGGGACGAAACUCGAACGAAUUUAAAUCUUACGAUGCAAAGAAGACUGUAUGGUAUGCACGCUCCGAUUAGAGUUCUCAUGGAACGUAACAUUGUAUCAAGGGUUCAACGUAUUCCGGUUUUACCUUCCUCUAACCUUAGUUUAGACAUUUUGACGGGCAAGGAUGAAACCAUUGAUUUCGAGGAUUUCUUGAACGAACCAGAAUCAUCAACGGAGAUGAUGAAUGUUCACGCAAUUAUGGAACACAAAUUGGGAAUCAAGCCGUCUGCGUUUAAUUAG